AUGGUAGAUCUAAUGGCCAGCCCAAGUGAUUAUCAAGAAUCCAGAGAUUUUGAAGACGGUGAACUACCAGAAGAUGGUGAAAUCUGUGAUGAUGAUGAAGAGCCUAAAGGUAAAAGAAAGAGUUCUAAAUUUGGACAUAAUAACAAAAAGGUUGAAUAGUC